AUGCAUGCACCAUUAGGAUUAGGUCCAUCACCUUGGCAUGCAAGAUCGGUAGAUCGACAUGGCUCGCCAACUCAUCACCACCUUUGCAGCUCUAGCCCCUCUACUCAUGUCAUCGUCUCCCCUGCCGCAUGUGCCUUCCGGGGCGUGGGCGCGCGAGAAUCCUACCACCUGCGCUUCUACAUGCACGAUUUCUCCAACGGCCCAAACGCCAGCGCCGUCGUGGUCGCCCACGGCACCGGCCCGCUUCUGGGAGGCUCCAAGGACCGGCGCUUUGGCGACGUGGUGGUCAUGGACGACACCCUCACCGAAGGCCCUAACACGACAUCCAGGGCCCUCGGACGCGCCCAGGGGUUCUACAUCGCAUCGUCCUCCAUCAGCGGCGACCCCACGCUGCACGUCUCCAUGGACCUGGUAGUCACCAGCGGGCCCUGCAGCGGAAGCACGCUUGCCGUCACCGGCCGCGACAACGUCUUGGCGCCGGUGCGGGAACUCCCGGUGGUCGGCGGCAUGGGGAGAUUCAGGAUGGCAACGGGGUACGUGCUGAUGAAGACGGUGAACUGGCAUGGGAACGACGUUCUCCUGGAGCUCGAUGCCUACGUGCAUGCGUGA